AUGUCUUCAAGAUCGGCGACUUCGGGCGGAGGCCUGGAUGAGAAGACUCGGCUAGAAAGCCAGUCGUGCGAGGCAUCCAGUCCUCAGACUCCUCCCAGUCAACCAAACGCCUGGUCAGACCACAGUGCACCAGUUCGAUCGAGCUCGGGCAUUGAACCCCUGCCACUUCCUAGCCGUGUCAAAUUGGGAUCUGCCGGCGAUAAGCCGAGAGAAUUCUUCCGUAGGCUACGACGUCAGCCCGUCCACCCCGUCCACCCAGCUUGCCAAGGCCCCUCCAUCAACUCUGAGGAACGUCCUAGACCCAGAGGUGAACCGGCCCAAUGCGAUUUCCAGGAAGUGCUGGAUAAAGUCUUGCCCAGAACAGACGGUGUGGCCAAAUAUCCCGAGUUCGACGCUGCUGGGUUAUAUGUUCAGUCUGAAGAAGUUCUGAAGGUUUUGUGGCACGCUGAAACGGAACGAUUAAUAAACAUUGCUAGGAAUCCGGACAUACCACUUGAAUUUUCAAGUAGGAAGUUCUUUCAAGGAGACACCGAAAAGGGCUAUCGGGACAUAUCCAAUUUAUGCCAGAAAGUCUUGAUAGCUCUCUCAAUUUGUCUUCUCGAGAACGAACAGAUCAACUUGGAGCACUGUGCUCGGUUUUCCAAUCACGAAAGGCCCUUGAGCUUCAUCAAGCAAUUCUCUAAGGGCCAGACUAUCUUAGAGAGCGUUGUGGGCAUGGGAAAGGCCAAUUUCCUUCAAGAAACAUGUUCCAGCCUCGGGGCUACUUACGAGCUGCUCAACUACAUCUCGGCAGUCUUGACGAGACUGAUCGUUCAGACCUCGCCAGGCUCUUACUGGCAAACAAACGUUCUUAGUGUUCUUAUCAAGCGAAUUACCAAGAUCAAGCUGUUGUUGAUAGACCUACCCGCGAACUCUGUAAUCGGUGCCGGAGCAGCAGGUGCCUUUCUGUCCAAAAUCCGCGAUUCCAUUAGUACGCAACAAAAAAGUGGCGAAAUGGAUGAGGAUGAGGAGUGCGAAGACUUUAUGCAAAUGGUCGAGACACAGUUGGAAGAGGUGCUCGUAUCGUCUGAGGAAAAACAGGCAGCGGCUCAUUGUGUCGAGCAAAGUAAGUUUCAGUUUGGGCUGAAUUCAGCUUUGAGGCAUAUCUUGAUAUCCAUGGGAUCCACCAACCGCGCUGGCCUUCCAUCAUCGUCGUUCGAAAUCUGUGCCGUAGCAUAUGAGACGGGUUUCGAAGGUUUCAAGGCGCUUUUGUUCCAAGAUAGAGAUCUUCAGUAUUCGGCAACGUCGGACCUUGAUAAUAUGAAUACUGCACAUUCAGCAUUCAAUAUCCUCAACCAGAUAGUCAUACAUCUCAAGCAUCAAAACCGCGAGCAGGAAGAAUGCACCAACGGCCUGAAAACAACUUUACAAUGGAAAUAUUGCGGAGAUGAGGACAAUCGGUCGGGUCAGAUCGAUAUCGAUCUUGCGGGCUCCAGCCAACGUCUACGACUCAGUUCCAUGGACGAAGUCAUAACUGUGAUGGUACCUCUAGCGAUGACUUGCCCGAUCUUUUUGGCGGAUUUCACCAGCUUCCGACAUGUCAUAGCUCUGACGGGUUUUAUCCAAGAUGAUGUUCAGCCGCUAGCGGAAGGAAAGUUCGGGGCCUUCUUCCGCAUGUACACCAGUCAGUUCGACAGUAUGAGGAGACCAGGCGUUCUUCAUCUUUCUGAAGCCCUGGACUGUGGCUUUUUCUCGCGGUCCCGGCUAGUGCGGAGCUCACACCCUCCACCAAAAGAACAACAUGAGGCAACGCAUCAACUUAAUGAACUCAAGAGGCUGACAAAGUACAUGGAUGAGUGGGUCGUCGAUGAAACAUGCGUAACGGUGUCUUGCCCAGGAUAUGUCUGGGGCGUCAUUUUUACAGCCGUUCUAUUUGCAGCAGGUGGUUUGGGGGUCGGCUUCAGCGUCGGCCAACGGAUCAAUGGUGUUGAUCCCUCGAAUUUGGCGACCUACCUUUGGGUUGUAGCUGCUUUUAUCGUCUUGGUCGGAAAGAGCAUGAAGGUCAAAGAAUGGACAUGGAAUGACUUUCUCCGGGGGCGGGUUCGCUGCUGCUCAGUUUCUGAACUACAGUCAGUCACUAGGAUAGAUGGGCAGCUCAUCAUCGCUAAACUCUUGCAUGAUGAACGGCGCGGAAGCGUACUGGAAAUCCGUGGUCCUUACAACUCGGCUUUCCUCAGAAGAUCUCCUGAUGGGUUUUCGAUCGAUAAACCUAUCAGCUCGUCAACGCUCUUGAUUAGCGGUUUGACGAUGCUGAAGGUUGUAACGGCAAAAGGGCACGCCUUGGUGUGCCUCGACUUUCGAAGGGGAACAGAUUUGAGAGUCAUCGGCCAUAUCCCAGACCCCGAAAAAGAGCAUCUGAUAUGUGAGCAAAUCGAUAGAUUACAGCCCGGGGUUGGUGCGACUGCAGAUGGCGCGCAGCAUCAAACCAAACAUGCCUUUUCGCGAUCCAAAGAUUUGAAGUGGAAAAGGGUACAGGGAAUCUACGAAAAGAUGGAUGCCAAGUUUGUAUGA